AUGUUGUGUGGUGUUGUUAUGGUGUUCAAAGGACGGGACAGAGACCUCAAGUGGAACAUCGCUGUAGGACGGGACAGAGACCUCAAGUGUAACAUCGCUGAAGGGCGGGACAGAGACCUCAAGUGUAACAUCGCUGUAGGACGGGACAGAGACCUCAAGUGUAACAUCACUGUAGGACAGGACAGAGACCUCAAGUGUAACAUCGCUGAAGGACGGGACAGAGACCUCAAGUGUAACAUCGCCGUAGGACGGGACAGAGACCUCAAGUGUAACAUCGCCGUAGGGCGGGACAGAGACCUCAAGUGUAACAUCACUGUAGGACAGGACAGAGACCUCAAGUGUAACAUCGCCGUAGGACGGGACAGAGACCUCAAGUGUAACAUCGCUGUAGGGCGGGACAGAGACCUCAAACACCUCAAGUGUUACAUCGCUGUAGGACGGGACAGAGACCUCAAGUGUAACAUCGCUGUAGGAUGGGAGAGAGACCUCAAAUGUAACAUUGCUGUAGGACGGGACAGAGACCUCAAGUGUAACACCGCUGUACGACGGGACAGACACCUCAAGUGUUACAUCGCUGUAGGACGGGACAGAGGCCUCAAGUGUAACAUCGCUGUAGGACGGGAGAGAGACCUCAAAUGUAACAUCAAUGUAGGGCGGGACAAAGACCUCAAGUGUAACAUCACUGUACAACGGGACAGAGACCUCAAGUGGCGGGAGAGAGACCUCAAGUGUAACAUCGCUGAAGGACGGGACAGGGACCUCAAGUGUAACAUCGCUGAAGGACGGGACAGAGACCUCAAGUGUAACAUCGCUGUAGGACGGGAGAGAGACCUCAAGUGUAACAUCGCUUUAGGGCGGGACAGAGACCUCAAGUGGCGGGACAGAGACCUCAAGUGUAACAUCACUGUAGGACGGGACAGAGACCUCAAGUGUAACAUCGCUGUAGGAUGGGACAGAGACCUCAAGUGUAACAUCGCUGUAGGGCGGGACAGAGACCUCAAGUGUUACAUCGCUGUAGGGCGGGACAGAGACCUCAAGUGUAACAUCGCUGUAGGACGGGACAGAGACCUCAAGUGGCGGGAGAGAGACCUCAAGUGUAACAUCGCUGUAGGACGGGACAGAGACCUCAAGUGUAACAUCGCUGUACGACGGGACAGACACCUCAAGUGUUACAUCGCUGUAGGACGGGACAGAGGCCUCAAGUGGCGGGACAGAGACUUCAAGUGUAACAUCGCUGUAGGGCGGGACAGAGACCUCAAGUGUAACAUCGCUGUAGGGCGGGACAGAGACCUCAAGUGUAACAUCGCUGUAGGGCGGGACAGAGACCUCAAGUGUAACAUUGCUGUAGGGCGGGACAGACACCUCAAGUGUAACAUCGCUGUAGGACAGGACAGGACAGAGACCUCAAGUGUAACACCAUUGUAUGACGGGAUAGAGACCUCAAGUACAACAUCGCUGUAG